AUGGACCACUUCUCGCCGGUGGCACCGGCGUAUAUCCGUGUGCUGGUCCUGCCCGUUGGCCAGAUCGAGAGCUCGCGAUUCUCGUUGUUCGUGCGCCGCCUACAGAGUGAAGCCAGCAUCGUCUCCUUGAGCAAUGUAGAGCAUCAGGGMAAUGGCGAUGUCAACUCCCUCUCACCCACGACGUUCCCACAGGGUUCGCUAUUGUACCGCUUUUCAGCAGCAGCGCCAUCCGAGGAGCACGAAAAGAUAUCCCCGUAUGAAUUUUUCCGCGAGCCAUUGAUCAUCUUGGGCGUGGUGGAUGGUUGGCGAGCCGUGGAGGAGGACAGCAAGAAGCAGCUGGCACAGGCCACUGCCUAUCUGCGUGAGCGACACCCCCGAGUCGUUCACCGACAGCUCGUUUGGCUGGAAGAUGGUGACGAUGAAGAUGUGAAGAGCAUUUCGAGCGAAAUCCGUGUCACCAACGCCAAUGAGGUAGACCAUCCCUCGCUCCGAUCAGCUGUCAACGAGCUUUCGGCUCGCUUCUUGGUGGAGUUCUCGACGUAUGCCAAAGCAGUGCAGGCCUCGCCCACCAUUCAAACGCCCGGUCAUACCGCCAAAGGACUGCACAGACAUAGCUCGCUUCGCGAGAGUGAGAGGAGACCCGGGUCAGGUCAUGGGGACUCAUCCCACGCAUCUAGCCCCGUUGAAGAUGGCCGAACGUCAGACUCAUUUCCCACGGGAAAGCUGCCACCAUUGCCAGCGACCUCAUUCGAUCAAAUGCCCAGCGCCAACAACGUCACCUCCACAAACUAUCAGCGACGAGAGAGUGAGAUCAGCACCCAAAGCAGCAAGAGCAAGACCAGGGCGCGAUCCUUUAGUCAAGAUCGCAUCCAAACCCAAGGCUUCGGACAAAGCAGUUCCCAAGAGAAGACUCGCGCGAGGGGUAAAGCAAGAGUUGGAAUCGUGAUGGGAUCGAUAUACAUGAUGUCUGGACAAUGGCAGGAAGCUUUGCGGCUUCUCGCCGAAAGCACCACGAUCUCAAAUGCGUUGACCGAUCAUCUGUGGCAUGCAAAAGGCCUCGAGAAUAUGCUAGUGUGCAUGGUGCUUCUCUUCUGGUCAGGCACAGAGUUCAAAGUUCCAAAAUUGUGUGAUCUCGCGUUGGACAAAGCCAGCGCAUCCAAGUUCUCUCGGGGCGCUUCGAACCCACCUGGAGUUUCUCGGGAGUCUGCAGAAAGUGCCAAGGACAAGUCGCAGGGACAUCGUCUUUCAGUGGUGAUUCCCGGUUUGGCGAGGAAGAUCUUGUCCCUCUUGCGCUCCACAGAGGGAUCACUUGAGUUGCCCUCUCUUGUGUUCGCGGAAGCGAGCGUUCGAUUUGCGAAAUUGUUGGCUACGUUGAACGCCACAAACGGUGACUUGACCUAUGAAAAGGUGCGAGGCCUCGUGGUAUCAGACAGGGAUGCCAGCUCCAGCAACGCACAGCGGCUUGCUGUGCCUUUCGUUGACAUCUACAAGCCAUACUCAAAGGCCUCUAUUACUGAGAUACUCAGCCAGGCAAUUCCGUUUGGUGGCGACGUUUUGGCAACUAGCGACCACAUCAGGCUCCUUGCUGGUAUAGCAUCUGCUUACUCGGUGAUUGGAUAUGACCGUAAGAAAGCCAUGGCCAUCAAAGACGCCGUUACUCGUCUCACCGGCGCACUCAUGCAAGCACGAAAGUUGGGUGCAGCCGAGAUGGGUAUACAUCCGGCUGCGAGUCUGUCCAUCGAUACUGGUGCUGACACGCUUCUUGCCGUCGCUGCCGAGGGCAGCGGACUUGGCAACCUCAUGAUCGAUCUCUCCAACAUAUAUGGAGCCUCAACAUUGCCUUCUUCACGGACCGACUCACCAAUAUUUGCGGACAUCAACACGUUCGGCAAUCCAGCGAUCAAGUUUGAGAUUCUCAGAGCACUUUCCGGCUUUUGCGAGGCUGCACCUGACCCGGAAGGAGUGCUUUUGAUGACGUCGGCAUUGUUGAGAGCUGCCGGACCCAACGCUGCCAUUGACGCUGCUCCGGAACCCGUGUGCAACGCAUUCUCCCGAGAGGAGCAGAUGCAUCUUGCCACCGUGAUAAGCCGCACAGUAGCAGUGUCCAAGCACCUCGGGCUCGCCAAUGUCCAGGCUGUAUACUGGGACUCAUUCUUGGUUCGUGCUGUCGAGUUGAUACAGCCAACCGGCACGAGGGCCGUCCUGGAUCGCACCAAGUUGAAUGGCUUGGAGGCUUCCAUCGACCAGCUGGGCCCGGGGAACCCUCUAUUGUAUGAUCCGAAUGCCAGUCGACCUGGAACCGCCGUUAAGCAGGCUUCAGUGCUMAUUCACGGCGAGCAAUCGGAAUGUGUGAUUACUCUUCAGAAUCCUUUUGACAUUCCUCUUGACAUUGAGGAGGUGAGUCUCGUAACGGAUGGCCUGCAACUCACCUCGCAACAUGAGCCCACGACGUUGGGUCCCAUGCGAUUCCAGCAAGUUUCGCUCAUGGUCGAUGCGGCCGGUGUAGGAUCGACCAAGAUCACCGGCUGUCGAAUCAAGAUGCAAGGCUGUAUCUCACAGAUCUUCCCAAUUGUGACAAAGUCCUGGGCUGCUAGGCCACCCCUCACCACGAAGAACAUCGGACUCGAUGCCCGGCCCAAACGCAAUGUCGAUGGCGCCAAGGACGACCUCAGGAGCUUGGGUAUUGAGUUUGCGGAUGUACCCGUUACUGUCAUCGAAGGCAUGCCCUCGCUGGUGUUCGAGCCCAAUCCACAGCUCGACUCGGGGUUCAUGCUUCUCGAGGGUGAGCUGCACUCAUUGACACUGCAGUUGCGCAACAUUUCCAAGGUGUCGGCGUCUGUUUUUGAAGUCGUCGACAGUGCAGAUGUGCUGAGGCUCGAGAGGGACGAAGCUGCCAAGAGGGAGCUCGUUGUGCCGCCUGGCGCCGUUUUCCCAUUCCAUUUCCAGGCGUAUGGAACGGCCGGCAUUGCGACGACACAAGUUAACUUCUACUACGCUGCCAGUGGCCAGGGCGCCAAGCAUGCGCGCGUCACGACUGUCUCGCUUGGAAUGACGGUAAACGCAGCACUCCAGGUGCAAAACGUCGAGAUUAUGCGCUCGCUUCGUGACCCCGUAGGUGUCAUUCAAGUGUCUCUUGAUGCUCGAAAUGCCUGGCCGCGAUCUCUGUCGUAUGUGUGCCAGUUCGAUGGUGACGAGGAAGCCUCGGCCGAUGGAUGCCCCAUCUCAAAAGGAUAUCUCGCGCCGGGCGAAGUACGUCGUGUCCAUCAAGUAAUGCCUGAUUCAACAGAUGGGGCCAGCUUCGAUGUAGAUGUCGAAAAAGCUCGCCAGCGUUUCCUCUCGCGCUUCCGACUGAAGUGGGAGGCGGGCGCAAGGAGCGGCGUUGCUGAUUUGCAAACCCCGAACUUGUCGCCAGAGUCCCUCCGUGCACUUCAAGGCCCGUCGGUCCAACUUGCGAUAUCUGUUGUUGGCCACGAGGCAAGCUCGAAGGUCAAGGUCGCCGUCGGGUCCUUCGUCCGUGUUCAGGUAACGAUGAAGAACCUCGGGAGGCGUGGCGCGCCACUGCAUCUGCAGCUACGAGAUCUGAUGACACACACUGCGCGGCCGGAUCGUUGGUACCUGGUGGCUGGCUCACUCAAGCGGCUGCUGUCUCCAAUGGCCGAGCGCCAGCAGCGGGCUGUUGAAUUCCUCAUCUGCCCACUGCUUGCCGGCGCUCUUGAUCUGGAGGUCCGACUCGGGGAGCUCGACCCGACAGAUCGGAUUAAUUGGCACUCUACUAGAUUGCAAUCACUUACCGUGUAUGAAGAGGAGAGGGACGAAGAGGGUGUCGGAGAGAGCGAGGCGUGA